CACUUUUCGAACUUUUCGUUUCAAUCCAAUCUCUUCGAGGAGAGAGAAGAAUAGAGUGCGAUCUAGAGUUUCAACAUUCGAGGCUAGGGUUUGAUUCCAAUCUUCUUUGAUCACGUACCAGUCUCCAAAUCGCAUCCCUUUCGUUUCGAUCGAUACCGCUUCGUUGAAUUAUGAACAGGUGAUUUUUGCGGAUAUUGAAGGAGAUCGUUUCUAACUUUGGGGAAAUAUCAAAGUUUGUUGCGAAUUUUUGGUUUUUUAAUUUGAAUCUUGGAGUUAUUAUGCAUAUAGCAGAAUUGAAGGAAGGGGAGGAGUUUGGGAGUGUGGAGGAGGAGCAUAAAUUAUCUGGUGGUGCUGCUGAGGUUGUGGUUGGUGGUGGCAUUCUGGUCUCCGAUGCAAAAAAAGUUUUGAUUGGAGCGGGCGCUCGCGCUCUGUUUUACCCAACGCUUUUGUACAAUGUUUUGAGGAAUAAGAUUCAGGCGGAGUUUCGGUGGUGGGAUUGGAUUGAUGAGGUAUAA